AUGUCGACGCAAGUGACGGCAGAUUCGAUUCUUCGAGACGCGUACCAGAAUCGUGAUAGACCGCUCGACAGACCGGAGCAGACGAUUCAAGACUUGGAUGAACUAAGAUCUUUCCAACUCACGAAGCGUAGAGAGUAUGAACAGCAACUAAACAAGAAUCGACUUAAUUUUGGACAGUGGGUGCGAUAUGCUAAGUGGGAAGUAGAGUAUAACCACGAUUUCCAAAGAGCCAGAUCCAUAUAUGAGAGAGCCUUGCAAGUAAAUGUAGAGCACAUACCGUUCUGGAUCCAUUACAUUCAAUUGGAACUAACAAACAAGAACGUUAAUCACGCAAGAAAUUUAUUGGAGAGGGCGGUAACAUCUCUACCUCGAGUGGAUAAGUUUUGGUACUUAUAUGUUCAAACCGAGGAAACCUUAGGGAAUUAUGACAUGGUUCGAGUCAUCUUUGAGAGGUGGUUGACCUGGCACCCAUUGCAGAGCGCUUGGGAUUCAUAUAUAGGUUUUGAAAGAAGGUAUGAGGAAUACGAAAAUGCUAGAGUUUUGUAUAGUCGAUAUGUAGAGCGCUUCAAUUUUACUGGAGAAGUCUGGUUGAAAUGGAUCCAGUUUGAAAGAAGACAAGCCGAAGGCUAUGAGAGGAGUGUAUUCGAGAAUGCCAUUGAUUCAAUGAUACUGGCAUGGCAAGGCAGAUUAAGUACUCAUGCUCAAGAGAAUCAAGAAGACGUAUUCUUUGCUAACAUCAUAGAUAAGUGGACAAGAUGGGAAGUAUCAGUUGAAGAAAAUGAAAGGGCAAGGGCAAUAUACGUUAAACUCUUGGAAAUUAUACAUAGGGUGGGAGGUGAUGUGAUGGAAAGCAAAGGGGCCAGCUUGAUUCAACAGCAAUACACCGAAUUUGAAAAAACGUACGGAAACCAAAACUCAAUAGAAGAAAGUAUAUAUGCCAAGCGACUAGUGAGGUAUAAAAUUGAAUUGGAAUCUGACCCAAAUGACUAUGAUACUUGGUGGGCUUAUAUCAAGCUUACACAGAAAGUGAAAAGUGGAAAUCACGAAGAGAUUUGUAAAAUAUUCGAGAAUGCUAUAGAAAAUGUUCCAAAAACUGACACUGUGAAGUCCAUUAGAUGGAAGAGAUACAUUUAUCUUUGGAUCCACUAUGCUCUAUAUGUGGAGCUUAAUCUGCAACUGGAUGUAGAAGCUGCCCGUUCUAUUUGGAAUCGGUGUAUACAAGUGGUUCCUAAAAACAAAUUUGUAUUUGGUAAGGUUUGGAUUUUAUUUGCCGAAUUUGAAAUCAGGAAUGGUGGAGGAACUGAUAUCAAUUCAGCAAGAAAGGUUCUUGGUAGAUCAAUUGGUGUAUGCUCUUCCAUUGGCAAGCCCAAAAGUAAAAUUUUCCGAUUUUACAUUUCACUUGAAAAGAAAUUAGGAGAGUGGGGUAGAUGUAGAAAGAUAUAUGAAAAAUGGCUAGAGCUUGAUACGUCUGCCACCUCUGUCUUGCUUGAAUACAUCAAUUUCGAAAGAGAGUUAGGAGAAACCCUGAGAGUAAUUGGAUUGUUUGAAAUAGGAAUGGAGUUCAACUUUAACGGUAUAUGGAAGCUGUACAUUGCAUACCUUCAAGAGGAGACAGAAUAUGCUAAAGCGAGAGAAGUCUAUCGUAGAGUUAUCAAUUUCAAUCUCUCUGAAUCGGGAAGUGUUUGGAUUUCAUUUGCAAUGUUCGAAUCUAAAAUACCAACGGAAGAGCAAUUACGUAUAUUUGAAGCAGCUGGGAAUGCUAACGACAAUGAAGACGAUGAAAUUGAAUUCUCAAUAACAGACAUACAGAGAAACAAAACGAGAAGUAUUUUCAAAGAAGCUCUGAUGGCUUUGAAGCAGCAUCCAGAACAAAGAAUAACAGUCUUGGAAGCAUACAAGUACUAUGAGGAACACCAAGGUAGUCCAGAAUCUAUACAAGAAGCUGUUAAGAAAUUACCUACAGCUGUUAUCAAGAGAAGAACCAAUUCUAAUGGAAUUGAGGAAGAGUACGUUGAGUUCAUUUUUCCAGAGGAUGAACAAAAGAAGCCAGAAGUUAGUAAAUUUUUGGCCAACGCUAAGAAAUGGAUGCUUCAAAAUAAAAGCUAG